AUUACCUUUGCCUGUCGUUUUGAACACGCGCUUGUACUUUCAGCCGGACAUCUAAAAAUGGCGGAACGAAGCCGUGUUUUCCGCCUGCAAACCCACAGCGCGCAUCUCCUCCGCAGCAAAUCAUGUAGCCCGCUGCACACCCUCCUCCCUUUUUGGUUCGCACAUCGCAAAAUCAGCUCCCCACCCGCGCUACACAUCCGCCACACGAUUCCCCUUCCCUGAGAGUCGAAUCGUACCACGAAAGUCACAAUCUGCUUACAGGAUCUCCCGACAGCGUUCCGCCAAUCCAUCUUCAACAUGGAGCUUGUUAACGGUGAUCUGCCGGAGGUGGAUCGCCACCGAUUUCCCGACACCGCACCCGUCGGCACCAUCGCCGCACAUUCCCUCCAUUUCCCCCACCACAGCUGCGGCCGCCGGUCCUCCUACCCAUCUCCGGGCGCCGUUCGCCUCCGCGCCUACCGAUUCGACGGCCACGGUGGCUUCCUCUCACGUGAUUGGGAUAUUGCUGAGGCAGAAUCGUCACCACACGAAUUCAAUUGGUUCCACGUUGACCUCCCUAAAGGGAACCACAAGCUUUCCGUCUCGGCGCAGCUCCUAAUCGAUGUCCUAUGCCCUCCUCUGAAGCUACAGGACAUCCUCUCAUUAGUCUCCAAUGGGCCAUUCUGUGCUCACGUCGACGGUGCCCUUAUCUUCCGCGUGAACUCACCCGGCCCUGCCACAUCGGAUUUCACCCUCCGCCUCGCCGCUCGUGUUACGGAGUCUGCUGUUAUUACUGUCUCGCUCGGGCGUGUCCCGAGGUUAGGGUUUUCUCAGACCGGACAAUCUCUGCUUUCGGAGAUCCCUGUCGUGGACCAUUGUAGGGGUGAUGACGAUGAGGAGGAGAGCGUUGUGGGUGAUGGAAUCGUUAUCCGUGAGCAUGUUCUUGAGUUUUUGCUCACGAUGAAUCAUUCUGAGGAGGCGGAUAAUCCUGUGCCGAGGACCGUGUCUGAUUUGGUGGUGCAUGUUAUUGAUACGCAUGUCGAUCAUGUGCAGGAUAUUGUUACCAGACUGGAGAUUCAACUCGAUUCCAUCGAGCUUGAAUUGGAUAGAGGCGGCUCUACACUAAAGAAACAAAUGCUAGACGAUAGAAGAUUUCCGAAAAUGCAUUUGGAUCUGCAGCGCCUUCUGCAGGUUGUAGCUCAUGGUGAGCAAGUAUUCCCACGCGUGAAGGAGAAAUGUGCAGCCAAAAGCUGGUUUCUGACUGAAAACAUUGUAGCUCUGGAGGAGCUGAUUAAUCGUCUUAGGAGACUAAAAGGGAAUAUGGGAUUUAUAGUAAAUCGUGUAACAGCGAUUCAGGCUGGUCUUGAUAGUUGGCAAGCGGAACAAAUAAACAGAAAACUCUAUUACCUCUCGUUUUUCUCACUAAUCUUUCUUCCUCUAUCCAUUGUUACUGGAAUAUUCGGCAUGAAUGUUGGGGGAGUCCCGUGGACAGGGCAGAAUGAACCAGAAUUAAAAGACGGAUUUUGGAAUGUUAUGCUGCUCUGUGCUGCCAUAUUGCUGUUACUUCUAUUUGUUUUUAUUUUUCCAUCUAUCUAUCGACGUAUCGCUGCUUGGAGAAAGACAGCCGCACUACAAAGAUCAUGGUCUCUCAACAGAAAGUCAUUCUUGAAAAAAACAGUCCGAAGGGGCGCUUUUCAGGGAGGCGGCGGCUAUAUUCGUCUUUAAAUUGAUUGAUUCGAGGUGGCGAAGCUUCGAUAAUGGUAUAGCUCUUAACAUUUUGUUAUAUGUAGUAAGAACAAUUUUAUUUCUGUUGCUAGGAAAUCACAUCAUCUGGCAACCUGAAGUUACAGAAGUUGUAUAGAGGGCAUUAUUUGUAAGUUUUCAGGCGAUAUUUAUAUGUUGAAACCAAGAGAAUUCAUUAGCAU